CACCAAUUGUUACGCUACACCGUAGCUUUUAGGGCCAACAAUUUAUCUCUAUAUUAGAUUAAUGUGUACUAUGUCCAACUUUUGUAGCAGUGUUGUUUUCGGUUUCUCUACAUACCGCAACACAUCUGAAGUACUGAAAACAACAAAACAAUUUUUAAAACUAAGUCGACUUUUGAGAAGGGGUAAAAUGGACUUAAGCAGCACAGUUUACGAUGCUAUAGUUGUAGGUGCAGGAAUCGAAGGGUCUUCCAUUGCAUACAACUUAGCCAAAAGAGGACAGAGAACCCUUCUUAUAGAGCAGUUUCCGCUCCCUCACUCUCGUGGAAGCUCCCACGGCAAAAGCAGAAUCACAAGAUACGCCUAUGAAAAGAGUUUCUAUGUUCGCAUGAUGGUCGACGCCUUUCCAAUGUGGGCCCAACUAGAGAAAGAAGCGAAAACGCGUUUAUUUGUCAAUUGUGGCCUGCUCAACUUCCAUUACAACCAGUCGGAAGGGUUAGAGAGAAUGACCAGCGCGCUAAGAGAAUGUCAAGUCCCUCAUCAGGUAUUAACAUCUACAGAGGUGCAGAGCCGAUUCCCGCAGAUCAAAAACGGUGAGGACUACUGCGCUUUGUGGGACCCGCAGGGUGGCGCUUUGAAAGCAGACAAGUGUCUUAAGGCUUUUCAGGAUGUAUUCCAGCAACAUGGCGGCGUUGUCCACGACGAGGAGCCUGUUACACAUAUAUCUCCUGGAAAGGUCAUCACCGUGGCAACGACGAAGUCACAUUACCGGGCACACAAUGUAGUGAUUGCGGCAGGACCUUGGUCAGAGAAGCUGUGCACGUCUUUAAAGCUUCAGGUUUUUCUGAAGCCUCUACGCUCUCUGGUCCUGUAUUGGAAAGUAAAUGAAGAGUUUAUCAAUUUGUAUGAUCCGGAUAGCUUCCCUUGUUUCAUAGACUCUAGAACCAGCGACGAUGUUCACAUGUAUGGAUUUCCAAGUCUGGAGUAUCCUGGCAUGGUCAAAAUUUGUUUAAAUCGUGACUUUGUCAUUGACCCUGACGAUCGGGACAAACUGGAGAAUGAUGGCGUCAUGACAGAAGAGGUGAAGAAGAAGGUUGCCUUGACCUUCAAGCACUUGGCCAGCAUGCCGUCUAUCAGAGAGUACUGCAUUUGUACAGAUACACCAGACAAGCAUCCUUACAUAGACAAACAUCCAGCUUAUCCAAAUAUAGUUCUUGCAGUAGGAUUCUCUGGUCAUGGGUUUAAACUUGCACCAGCUGUAGGCAAGGCCGUGACUGAGCUGGUCCUCAAGGAGCCUCUCUCAUACAACAUGGAACCGUUUAAGUUAAACAGAUUUACCACCAAAGCCAAUUUGUAGCAGUGAAUCUGAAAGAAAAACGCUUCGUUUAUCACAACGGUCUUUCAUGGAACCAAAGAUGUUUAAACCAAAGCAGCUCUGAACAUAAAGGACUUGAAAUUCUUUAUAACUUGAAUUUUGAUAUCCUUCCUUUAAACACUUUACGUAAAUAAGUUAUUGUAUUCAAGUUUUUUUUUUCUUUUCGAAAAUGGCUAAUUAACGUAAAGACUACCCCUGUAUUCAAAUGAGUACAAAAAAUAAAUGAGUGCAUUAAAGAGUAAUAGCGAAAUUAGGAAAGUGUUCACAUUUUUUUUUCUGGUGGACGGUUUCCUUCUGUUUUGUCUAACAAAUACCUGUAAAAUCCAAUGAAUAUCAGAUUCUAUUUCGCUAUUCUACUUGCUACACUCGUUUAGUUUGACAUUAGCUAAUCGAAAAUAACUUUCUGAACAUUUUUCUUGUCAAUUAUUUUGUUACAUUUCUCACAUCGUUUUCCACAUUUCUGGAAAUGGAAUUAUGGGAAUUCAUAAAGUUUAGCCCUACAAUGAUCUGUUUAACAAGUCGAUCAAGAUAGUGAAGCCUGUAGGAUUUGGUAAGUGCUGGACCUAGAUUCGUUGCAAUAUUUGAGAUCUUAUAUAGAGUUCUGGUGCAACGGCUUCCCCCCCCCCCCUCCUUUCCAAAUGAACAGUUUAAUUGUUUUUAUUUCAUAUAGUAAUUGAUUUUCAUAAAAAUAAAAAUUUUCUUUCAACUAUUUACAAUUAAAAGUAAAUAAUAAAAAAGGGGGUGAGGCGAUAUUCAUAUUGAAGGGAUUUCUCUGUAUGUUUUAAAACAUUUAUGUAAACGGUUUUGAUCUUUUUCUCAUAAAGGAAAAUUUAAAAAGUAUUGUCCUAUUCUUUUGUUGUUGUCUUGAAACAUAUACCCACUGACCUAAAUCUUUUAGACUUCUGUUUGUUAAUAGCUUGACAAGAAUGGAUGUAGAUCGGGGUUGAUACUGCAUAGGCUAAGUGGAAAUAGACGCUAUUUAUUUUUGUAUGGCCUUUGUUCGUCAUCCAGUUUAGAUCACAAAUACUAGAAAAUAAAUUGAUAAAAUCAGAUAUCAUGAUAUUGUUAUAUCUCUGCUCCUACGCUGGUGUGCAUAAGUGCACUGUUCAAGAUAGGUGAUGAACACUAGUAGAGACAAGAUGGUGGACUGUUGAUUCCGGCUGUCAUGUUUGUUUCUUCUUAGGUUGUUUAGCUUGAUGUUCUUGAUGAGAUAUAUUUCUGACGUAUGCGGGUUUGGAGGUGCCUUGAUUAUACUUCAAACCCUUGAAGAAUCAAUGUAGCGACACAGGCUGAUUUACUUUUCUUGAGUUUAAUGAAAAAUAUAUUACUAUAUACAGUUCAUAUUCAAAGUAGAAGCAUCUACACUUUUAUUAUUUUAUAUAUGUAUCGGAUUCAGAACUUUUGAGGGGAGAGCGCUCAGUAAAUCCUAACCCUAUAUAUAAUCAGAGAAAAAAUGUGGUCUUUUUAGAGCAGUGUAACCUUCGGGAAAAAUAGUAGUUGACAACGUUGGUGGCCCUUCUCUUGACAGCUAUGUGGUCUGAGGGAGCGCUGUAAGCUCUGACUCCAAGCGGCGCCUUCGACGUCUGUUUAUAGUUAUGAGACAUAGUAGUUAGUCUACUUUAAUAAUACGUCUGUUUAUAGUUAUGAGGACAACAACUACACGUUGGUUGUGUUACAUUUUACAACACUUCGCCUAAGCGCUAAUGCUAACACGGAGUCAGGCUAUGGUUACCAUAAAAAACAAUGGUCGCUGACCUACUACGUCACGAACCAGUCUUACGGCCUGGGGUCACGGAGGUCACGCUCCAAGCGUUUAGUUGCAAGCGUUUAGAUGCAUUCUUAACUGCAGAAAUGCAUUGUCCUGACAUCUUAAGCUCAUUAAGUAAAUUAAAGUGUUGGCAAGGGCCGAUACUGAAGUGUGACUGAGAAUCGAGUAUAUGUAGCGUAGGUAUAUCUUUAUUAGGCGUAUUGAUCGUCAUGAUAUCUUCAUGUUAAGCAAAAUCUCUUGUUUUGGUCAAACAAUAAGACGCCAACGGAAUGAUGGUUAAAUGCUUUUUGGAUAUUUGACCGUUUUGACGCGCGCAUGAUGCCUAAUUUUUAAGAACCUCUUAAAUAAUGUUUUUACUUUUAAAAAUUCUAACAUGAAUUUAUAGGUCCUAACUAUAUUACAAAUACAACCGAUUUGUUUCUUGAAACAAAAAGAUACCUCACAGAUUGAUAAAGUUGAUUUAAAUAAAGGCUUUGAGGGUUGUAGCCAAAAAAAAAAAUGUCUUCCGAAAAAUACUAUUUGAAAGAGACUUUCAUUUAUAAGUGAUACAUUUUGUACACUACACUUGUUUUGAACUUUCAUUUCUUAAUUAAAAACUCUGAACACAAAAAAUAAUCCCAAAUUUAUUUAUACAAAAGAAAUAUCCCAGAUUUUAUAAAAUCUUGAAGAAAAAAAGGCGAACUCGUCUUCGUUUUUACUCUUAUACUUGAAAGUUUCUCAUGAAAUUUUUUUUUUCUUUAAAUACUUAGGACAGGUUCAUGCGAAAUUACAUAACAGCGUCAUAUUUUUGUCGGGAAAGGUGAUGGGGCAGCAGAGUGAAAAUGAUUCAUCUCUCCCUUUUAUAAUUAUUGCUAAUGAAUGUAUUUGACAUCUUCUUUUAUAAUACAGACGUUACUUCAAAAAAGAAGAUGAUUACGUCCUACGCGUCAUGCAUUCAGUCAUGCAUAUUAACCAAUGACUUAAAUUCUGCCAAGUCACUGUUUUUCCUGGCUAGCUCAGGCAGCCCAUUCCAUGCUCUAAUAGCACUAGGGAAGAAGGAAUAUUUGUACAAAUUUGUCCUAGCAUAUGGGUCGAGGAAUGUGCCUUUAUCUUUGUAUCUUUCAGAGUAUUUUAUUAAAUUUUGUUUUUGUAUUUGAAGAUUAUGGUUCAGUGUUUUAUGUAUAAUUGCUACUUUACUUUUGAGUCUUCUGUCCUGAAGGCUUUCUAAAUUUAGUGAUUUUACUAAAGGUGUUACUCUAGUCAAAUGUGAAUAUUCGUUUGUUAUGAAUCUCACUGCUCUAUUUUGUGCCUGUUUCAUUUUCGUAAUGUUUUCUUGAGUUGAGGGGUCCCAAACAGAGGAUGCAUAUUCUAUUAUUGGCCUAACCAAGGUUAAAUAACAUUUUAGUUUUAUUUUCUUAUUUGAUUGAUAGAAAUUUCUUUUAAUAAACCCUAAUGCUUUGUUUGAUUUUUUGAUAGUUUCAUCAAUAUGGGGAUUCCAUGACAGUUUUUCAUUUAUUAUUGUCAGGGGGAGGUAUGGCGAGAAUAAAUGUUAGUUUGAUAUUUUGGUAUGAUUGUUAUAUCCCCUUGUUAUGAAUGCAAAGUGUUGCACGUGUUAUGAACUGAGUGAUUAAGUCUUCGUUGACUGUGCGAGAGAGGGUGUUAAGUUAGUGAGGUCUUGCUCCCGGUCCAGGAAUGCUGGAUAGUCGUGUUUUGUGUAUUAAAUAUUUAUUGAAGUUGAUUUCAUUAUGUGCUUAUUGAAUAUUAAAGUAUUAUUCGUAUUUCAAUGGA